AUGGAACAAGAAGAUGUAAAGUUUAUGUUUGUUAGUCUUAUUCAACCUUGUGAACAAAUCGCAAUGCCAACAAUGAUAUUAUCACAAAUGAUGAAUGUAUUUGAUGAACGAUUUUAUGAUUUAUCAAAUUUAGUUGAAAUUGUGGAAGAAUAUAUGGCUUUACUUGAACAUUUAACUGUAAUGGCAAUUGAUUGUUAUCCAUGGUAUCAAUCUAAACCACAAGCAAUAACAUGUUCAUCUGGAAUUAAAAUGAUGUUAGCUUUACAAACAAAAGUUAAUUCUUAUAAACCAUUUCUAUACCGAAUUGUUAAUCAAAAAUUAAUUCGUUGUUGUUCACAUCCAUUAAAACCCACUGUUGAACAAAAAGUAGAAAAUUAUGAACCUGAUCUAUCUGAGGGUGUGGGUGUGCGGGUCUGA